UGCCUACACACAACGAUACUCUCUCUUACCCAUUAACAGGAAGAGCAACAACUCUUUUGAAGUGAUGGACCAAAAACAAGUAAUAUUCUUCGCCUUGGUACUACUUACAUUUUCAACAUGUUUAGGCAGUGAAGACGUCUCUUCGAAAUCGGACAAACUGCUAGAACGCAUCGUGGCACUGCUAACAAGAGAUCAGGAAGACAUGGACACAAGAGGUGUUGCACCAGAUUGUACGCAGAAAGUAAUGGACGUCCAGAUUCAAUGUAGCUCUCAAUACAACGCUAAAAGUACAGGGGGACUCGAAUAUUGUGAAUGGUCCAAGUUAACAAAUAUCGGUUUUAUGGGCUGCUUCUACCAGGGUUGGUACAAAGCCUUCGACACAGUUGGCGCCAAGUGUACCCAGGAGUUUACCAAUGCGAAGGAUAUGAUGGUAAAAUAUUACAACCAUCGCAUGAAGACACACGGCUGCCCAGAGUCUGCGAUGUAGAGGUUUUUAAGCUUCACAAGAGACCCACAAGAAACUGAAAUCAAGUUGAACAGUCGCGUGAAAUGCUGAAGAAGUGAGAACAGUAUGACAGUAUAUAUGUGGAAAGUCGUGGAAUACUAUUUUAUAUCACCAUGACACAUUUCGUUACGUUGAGCGUUUGCUCGACACAAGAAUGGCAUCCAAAGCCCAUAGUAAAAAUAAAUACUUAUUACAAAUUUAUUUUUCUUAUCGAAGUAACGAUUAGUGUUAGUUCCGGGAACAAAAUUCUUAAGUCGAACCCAUCUUCACAUUUGCUGAUAUGCGCUUCUUCCAUCAUUUAUGUUUUGUAUCGCGGCAAUAUAUUUAAGAACCGAGUAUAUAUAUAUAUAUAUAAUAUAUUUUAUUCUAGCCUAAACUUUGUGUUUUAAAGUGUCCAGUCACGUCAAUCAAAGAGGAAAAACACGAGCCAUAUGGUCAAACUUAACUUGUCAUGUUUUCAUUUGUGUGGCUAUACUUUUUAAUGGCGAUUUUAUGG